AUGAAGCUCCACACAGUUGGCUUCUGCGGUGUGGACGACUCGGUGGACCUGGCAGAACUGGCAAGAUUGGACCAGGCUUUUCCUGGACAUUGGAUUGAGUGGGGUGUACUUUUGCGACCAGAUCGACAAGGAGAACCGCGCUAUGCUUCGCCAGCACUGCUGAAGCGGCUGGGCAUGCUGGCGCGAGGUGAGGAUCCGCAGCUUCCAGGGGCGAAGCUUCGCUUGGCAGCCCAUCUUUGCGGGCAGGAUUGCCUCAGGGCACUCGCUGGUGACGUCGGCCACAUCUCGGGGCUGCAUGCACUUCUGGGCUUCGGGCGAGCACAGCUCAAUCCGACUAAGGCAAACCUGGCAUCUGACUGGCAACCAGAGGGCGCCGCCCGUGGUCUCCGCACUCUGGCCUCUGCACUGCCAAGCGUGGAGUUCAUUCUUCAGGUGAACGAUGAAACACAGGAGCUCUUCAAGUCCCUCUUCGAGUCAACGGAGCCUCCACCGCCCAACUUGGCAGUGUUGCUCGAUGCCUCCUGCGGCCUGGGCGUGGCGCCGGGCCGCUGGUCUGCGCCACCGAAAGUUGUGCGACGCUUUGGUUUCGCUGGUGGCUUGGGGCCAGACACGGUCCUUGAGCAGCUGCAGCGCAUGGCUGAAGCUUGCGAGGAGGAUCACAGGGAUGCGUCGGUCUGGAUCGACAUGGAGUCCCGCAUCCGCAGCCAGUCGGCAGCCGGUGCCGACUGCUUCGACUUGAUGCUGAUCCGACAAGUUGCCGAACUGGUCCUGAAGUCUGGAUGGCUGCUGAAGAGCAGCUUGUAG